ACCCUAGUUAGUGGAACGGUGGGUGGUAAUAUAAAUUGCUCGUUGGUGGUUCUUGUCCCAUUGGCUGCUAGAGUGAAACCCUAAAGGAGUCUCAGCUAAGCCAAAUCCAAAGCCAUGUCUGACGAAGAGCAUCAGUUCGAAUCCAAGGCCGACGCCGGAGCCUCCAAAACCUACCCUCAACAAGCCGGUACUGUCCGCAAGAACGGCUAUCUCGUUAUCAAAAACCGUCCAUGUAAGGUUGUUGAGGUUUCUACCUCGAAAACAGGCAAGCAUGGACAUGCCAAGUGUCACUUUGUAGCCAUUGAUAUAUUCAAUGGCAAGAAACUCGAAGACAUCGUCCCAUCAUCCCACAACUGUGAUGUUCCUCAUGUUAAUCGUACUGAUUAUCAGCUGAUUGAUAUUUCUGAGGAUGGUUUUGUGAGUCUUUUGACUGAGAAUGGUAACACCAAGGAUGAUUUGAAGCUUCCCACUGAUGAUAAUCUGCUGAGCCAGAUUAAAGAUGGGUUUGCUGAAGGGAAAGACCUUGUUGUGACAGUUAUGUCAGCUAUGGGAGAAGAACAGAUCUGCGCCCUGAAGGACAUUGGCCCGAAGAACUAAAAUUAUUGGGUUCUGUUGUAUAAUGUCUGCUUACAGCAUGCAUGGGAUGAGCUCACCACAAAUAUGUUGCGUGGUGCCCUCAAUUGCAUAGUUGAAGUUAUGGGUAUGAACCUCCAUGAUUUUUAAUUUCUGGAGAUUUGGUUGGGGUCUCUAGACAGAGUGCCAUAUUACUAUAUGGUGUGCUUAAGUAGUUAUUUAUUUUAAUUUUUUUGGGGUUGUGUGUAAGAUACUGGUUUCAUUUUGGUGGUGUGUGUUUUUCUUGACACAAGUUACAUUUUCCGUGCAACUGAAUUGUAUUUUAGAAUAUGAACUGUGAAAUCUCAAUUUUCUUGGCAAAUUG